AUGAACCGCGUAAGAAAGGUCUACGAUACCCUGGAUACUUUCGAUGGCCGGGACGUACUUCAAUCGUGGAAAAGAGAAGGAAGCCGGUGGCUUGACCAAGUCGAAAACUCAACAUACCAGUUUCCUGAAUUGGAGAGUUCAAAUUACGAACGUACCAAAGGGAGAGUCCCUACUGAGCAUAUUGAUUUAAGGAGCCCUAUAAUCUGUACGAAAUUGAGCUGGUCUCAGGAUGGAACCUCGCUGGUGGCUGUUUUCAACGAUUACGGCGUGCGACAGUACUUGCUGCCAGAAGAAGAGGGAACAGGACUUGUCCCAUUCAAAAGAUUCUUCAGAGCACAGCCGGCAGUUGAUUGCUGUAUUCAUCCAGAGUACUCGCUCUUCAAUGACUCUGAUGCGUGCAACGUAAUGCUGGCGUCUUCUAGGGACCUGCCAAUACAACUUUUGUCCCUGUCUCCUCACGCCCGCGAGCACAGGCCACUUUUCAGCUAUUCAGUGGUAAAUGCUGAAAAUGAACGGUUUGAGACAAUGUUUUCUUUAAGCUUUUCUCACUACUCCGGAUUUUUGGCAGGUACUUCACGAAAUAAGGUAGUAGCUUAUGACCUAAACUAUAAGAGCCCUAUUUGGUCUAGCGAUGGCUAUGGUAAACCACUACGGGGCACUUCAGCCAGACGUGCCAUUAUUUCGUGCUUUGACAGUCCAUCUGAUUCCGAAUCAGUGUUGCGCUAUGCCGGUACCUAUAGAUGUGACAUAUAUGGUAUUGACCUCAGAACGAAAGAACUAAACUUUUUGGCCAACAAACAGACUUUGGAGCUUAAGGAAAACUCAGCUGGAGUGGCCGAACUGCUCUUUAGUGUCAACAAGCACUACUUGUAUGUCAUAAAGAGAAACAGUCAGACUAUAGACGUUUUAGAUGCGAGAAGCAGUUUCGCAAAAAUCAAUGAGCUUUAUCUUUCAUUUCGGAUUGGAAGCCAAAAAAUAAUAGCGACACUCGACCUCAUUAAUGGCCUCCUGAUAGGGACGCAUGACGGAAAAAUCUUACAGUGGGCAAGCAACAUGGUUGAAUUCGGGGGUCUGUUGCCGCGAACACCUGAAGGACCUGCAAAAGAUUCUGCUGUUAGCAAAGUCUUUGACACGAGUUAUGCUGGAAGCCGGAUAAAUAUUCUCGCCUCAAGCCCAUCAAACCCGCACCUAAUAGCUGGCUCCUUCUCUCCCGAUAAGUUUGAAGCAGACCAUACAGCUAAAAGCGGAUUGUUUGUAGUUGAUUUAUAG